AUGCAACAUCUGCAGCCUGCAGUUCUCCCCCAGGUCAUUCACUUCACUGUCGCCAAGUUCUCCCACACAAACACUCUGGUUGAUCAUGUCGGUCCGCUGAACUGGAUUCAUAUCAUCGGUGGUGAUUUGCAUUGUGUUUUCGAGAAGCUUGUAGAUGUCGGCUCUACGCCAUCGCGGCUCAUACUCAAAGUCCUCCGGGGCGAUGUCAUGCUGGAGCAAGUGGACCUGGUAUACUUGGCCCGAAAUAUGCCAAUGCCAGCCCAAUUGACACCAACACCAAAGUCAAGAUUUGCUGUCGUGGUGAAGCUACCUUGCAUUGCAGUGAAAUAUCCUUACAAUGACACACAUGUCAGCAUCCCUCGCGUCAACUCAUACCUGUUUGCUCUUGCUGACAUCUACACUACCAAUCUACAGAUCCGCCGAUUCCAGAUCAAGUUCGCCACGGAGCGUGACUAUCUCACGGCUUUGGCUCUCCUGAGUGAGAGCAACUGCCCAAUAACUGAGAGCAACGCAUCUAUUCCAGCAACUCGACAUGCUCCAUCGGUUUCAUCAUGGACAUCAGGAAACAUGUCGUCGAUCACACCAGCAGCUGUGAACACAGCCACAAAUGCCCAUGCCGGUAGUGGGUUUCGCUUCGGUGCUGGAAUGAUUGCGUCUGGUGGGACAACGCCUCUUCGAGCAUCAUCUCCGGCUAGCACUGUGUCCUAUGCUCCAAGAUGCGGGCCCCUUCCACCAACAAUCUUCCGACCUACGCUGAAUAUGCAACCAGUUGCCUUGGGCAAGCCGUUGCAAGAACCUCUUCCGAUUCAAGACAUGUCAUACAGCAGCCAAGAGUUCCCAAACUCCCAACUAUCCACAGUCUCUGCCAUACACGACAUUGACCAAUUGAAUCAAAUGCUUCCUCCGAAGAGGAACUUGCCUUUCACAAAGCCAACUGCCAAAAGGCCUUUACCUGCCAAUGGGACCCUUCAAAAGCGAACUCCCCAAGAGGAAAUUCCAGCUAGUUCUCAGCCACCCCAGCCUUCUAAUGAGCCUACAUGCUCUGGUUUCCCCGAGUCACAAUCCCAAAACCUAUCCCAGGUAGCCAGCCAGCCAACCGAGAAGCAAAAUCAUGAGCCAAGACCUCGUCCAGCUCCAUUUGUGGCAGACGAUCAGAUCAUAGAGUACCUGGCCUCUCCGACACCAGAGCGACUGGUAUUUCUAGAGAACUGGAUGUGCGAAUUACUGGAAGAUGACAACUUCAUGACUCUGUGCCAAGAUGUGGAAGGAACGUGGAGACGGUUUGCCCUCGGGCAGAGAAGAUGA